AUGUUGGAGAGGUGGAACAGCAUUCGCGAUGUCAGAGAGAGGCGGAACAGCGUUCGCGAUGUCAGAGAGGCGGAACAGCGUUCGCGAUGUCAGAGAGAGGCGGAACAGCGUUUGCGAUGUCAGAGCGAGGUGGAACGACGUGUGGCUUUACUCCCACUAUCACUGCUAGUUAUCAUAUUGUAAACCCCUGUCUCUGGUGUGGUCUGUUCUCUGUUCUCUGUUCUGUGUGUUUGGAGGCAGUAGGGGUUAAUGAGGGGAUUGACAAGAGAACCGCAGGAUAGGUACCCUGUGUGUGUGUGUAUGGGAAGGUGUUCACUUCCAGUCUCAGCCAGAGAGCACUGAUUGUGGUCACCACAGAAUGAAAUAGAGGAAGUAGCAAUCACUGCUCUAGAGGAGAUGUCACUCAAAUGUAUUCAUGAUGCCCUUUUUACAUCACUUUGUCUUGUCACAAAGUAAUGGACACUACAGCCACACCGGUUGCUGACAGCACACAGCCGUGCAAUCUCCAUGGACAAACAUUGGCAGUAGAAUGGCCUUACUGAAGAGCUCAGUGACGUUCAACGUGGCACCGUCAUAGGAUGUCACCUUUCCAACAAGUCAGUUGGUCUAGCCGAAUCCAAUUUGAAGGAGUGUCCACAUUCUUUUGUGUGUGUGUGUGUGUAUGUAUAUAUAUAUAUAUAUAUAUAUAUAUUGUGUGUGUGUUAUUUUAAUAGCAGGACACUGUAAAGUCCCUUAUUCCUCUGAAGAAUUAGGCUGUUACGUUUGAGUCCUAAGCAACCUGCAUACACUGUUUGAAGUACAGUAGACCAACACGGCUACUGUAGUAGGUCAAAGCUGUGUGCUGGGAAACCUUGGUGGAGCAUGGGUGGACUCAUGGGUGGACUCAUGGGUGGACUGUGGUGAAUUUCCUUUUCUUUUUAGGCUUCAGACCAAUGCUUCUCGCUUUAAACAUAUACACUACCAGUCAAAAGUUUGGACACACCUACUCAUUCAAGGGUUUUUCUUUAUUUGUACUAUUAUUUACAUUCCGGUUACUACAUGAUUCCAUAUGUGUUAUUUCAUAGUUUUGAUGUCUUCACUAUUAUUCUGCAAUGUAGAAAAUAGUAAAAAUAUAUAAAAACCCUUGAAUGAGUAGGUGUCCAAACUUUUGACUGGUAGUGUAUAUACAUUUUUUAAUUUCCAUGGCUUUUACACCAGAUACAACAUUUCCACAUGCAAAAUGUGUCUUUCGAAAAUGUAAUUUGCGCUUCAAAUUAUGUUACAAAAUGUGUGUUUUUGUCUCACACAAAUUAUUGUCAAGGGUCCAGUUUUCCCUAAGGCUAAAGUUCAUCGUUAAAACCUUCAUAGGCGCAUCGUUAAAUCCCAAAACCAUCGUUACUAAAGUUGCACUUGAAAACACUUAUUAUUUACCGACUGCCUCAGACCACACUGGGUCGUUAGAUGCUUUUUUGCCCUUCCGCGUCACUUUAUACACACAAGAUCGCCGCUAAACCUAGAAUCAAUAUGUUUAUUUCUCUCUCUGUGACCGCCGAUAACCUCAUCGAAGUUCACUUAAAUACAAAUUUGCCAAUGACUUUGCAAUUGUUAUAAACAAGCAAAGGGUGAAAAGAUGCUUCAAAUGAGAACAGAAAUGACUGCAUUAAAAGAUAAAUACAGUAGGCUAGGCUUGGGCGGAUUGUCAUACCUUCAUACCGACCUUUUGCCGUACCGGGAUAUUCUGUAAUACCGGAACUGAACACAUUUUCAAAACCCACUGAACCUUUGUAAUCCGAAGGUUAGCAAUGCUAAUAACUACAUAUCAAAUUCCAUAGAGAAUGGUAGCUAAAAGCUAAAUGCUAAGGAGUGCAUUGCGAACGUUUUAGACAGUCUCAGCCCAGGAUGCUAAAUGCUAAAUGCUAAAUGCUACUCACAGUUUGCUGCAUCCACAAAAUAAAUAUUAGACAGCAAGGUUCUUGAUCCAGCAGAGGGGAUUCUCUGCUGUUACCUAACCUAGCCACUUAGCGACGUAGCUAACUAGCUACUAAAUUAGCAAACCAAAUGCACAACUGCAGAGCAUUUAGCACAUUUUAGACAGUUAACUUAAUAGUUACCAACCUCCCGAGUGGCGCAGUGGUCUAAGGCACUGCAUCGCAGUGCUAGCUGUGCCACUAGCUGUGCCACUAGAGAUCCUGGUUCGAAUCCAGGCUCUGUCAUAGCCGGCCGCGACCGGGAGACCCAUGGGGCGGCGCACAAUUGGCCCAGCGUCGUCCAGGGUAGGGGAGGGAAUGGCCGGCAGGGGAUGUAGCUCAGUUGGUAGAGCAUGGUGUUUGCAACGCCAGGGUUGUGGGUUUGAUAAAAAUAAUGUAUGCGCUAACUGUAAGUCGCUCUGGAUAAGAGCGUCUGCUAAAUGACUAAAAAAAUAAAUAAAAAAAAUAGUUAUAAGAUAUCUAGCCGGCAAAGAUUUAGUUGUGCAUUCCAUCCUGUAACUAGAUCACCAGGCGCUCUGCACAACAGGGAGUGACUCACAAGGCUCCGGUGUCUCGUCAUUGUGCUUGUAAAUAAAAAACGGACAAAUUAUGUGACGUGUUAAAUGAAGAAAGUGAUCAUUAACUCAUAACUUAUUGCACAAGUUGACUGCAGGUAUUUACUUAGAAAGUAGCUACAAAUAUUCACAUUUAUAAAAAAUUAAAUUAAAUAAAAAGUUCAAAGAAAUUGUUUCAACGGUAUUGACAAAGUUGAAAAACCAUCCCGUGGCUAUUUCCAAAUACCCCAGAAUACGAUGUAUAAGAUGCCCUACGGUGCCUUCAGAAAGUAUUCACACCCCUUCCACAUUUGUUGUGUUACAGCCUGAGUUCUAAAUUGAUUUUAAAUUGAUAUUUUUUCUCACCCAUCUACACACAUAAAAUAUAAUAAUAUAAUGACAAAUAAAUAUGUAAUUUACAUUAGUAUUCACACCCCUCAGUCAAUACUUUGUAGAAUCACCUUUGGCAGCGUUUACAGCUGAGAGUCUUUUUGAAUAAGUCUCUAAGAGCUUUCCACACCUGGAUUGUACAACAUUUGCCCAUUAUUCUUUUCAAAAUUCUUAGCUCUGUCAAUUUGGUUGUUGAUCAUUGCUCGACAGCCAUUUUCAGGUCUUGCCAUAGAUUUUCUAGUAGAUUUAAGUCAAAACUGGAACUCGGCUACUCAGGAACAUUCACUAUUUUUUUCUUAGUCAGUGUCUGGUGGAAAGCAGACUGAACCAAGUUGUUCUACAGGAUUUUGCCUGUGCAUUAGCUCCAUUCCAUUUCUUUUUUAUCCUGAAAAACUCCCCAGUCCUUAACGAUUACAAGCAUACCCAUAACAUGAUGCAGCCACCAUUAUGCUUGAAAUAAUUGAGAGUGGUACUCAGUAAUGUGUUGUGUUGGAUUUGACCCAAACAUAACACUUUGUAUUCAGGACAAAAAGUGAAUUGCUUUGCCACAUUUUUUGCAGUAUUACGCGAACAGGAUGCAUGUUUUGGAAUAUUUUUUAUUUUGUACAGGCUUCCCUUUCCCUCAGUCAAUUAGGUCAGUAUUAUGGAGUAACUACAAUGUUGUUGAUCCAUCCUUAGUUUUCUCCUAUCACAGCCAAUAAAAUACUUACUACUUACUACGCCUAUGUAGAUAUUCCAGUAAAAUUCAGCCGUUUCCAGCAACAAUAGCCAUUUACAACAUUAACAAUGUCUACACUGUAUUUCUGAUCAAUUUUGAUGUUAUUUUAAUAGCCGAAAAAAAUUGCUUUUCUUUCGAAAACAAGGACAUUUCUAAGUGACCCCAAACAAAUGUAUUUUAGAGGUUAUUUAUUUAAAGUUUGUAUAAAACCUGUAUAAACUGUAUUUAUACUUAUAUUACAAUAUUUUAGGUUGACUAUAAUUCCAUGACACAAUCUCUGAUACAUUACAUUUUAAUACGUAAAAGCAGGAAAUUCAUUCCUAUGGUGCCUCUACUGCCAUUCAUUCCAAUUAGACUGGUUUUGGAUUUCUCCCUGACCAAGAUGGCUGCCAUUUUUGGCCCGUUAUGAAACUAUGCGGGUUUAUGAAAUAGCCCCUCUAGUAAUUUAAUAGGAUCUCAAUGGUUGGUUCUUAAUGGACUGAAAUGUGUGAAAGCGUUUUUAUUUUUUUUAUUUUUUAUUAUACAUUUUAUAAAAACUGUUGCACAAACAAACUUGUUCAGUCCAAAUGGAUCCAAGUCUAAUUGUCCCCUUAUGGACUCUGUAGCCUUCAUUUAAUUAGACGUCUGGAAUUUGAGCUGACGAACCUAAUGCUAACUGUACCGUGUAAAGAAAUCUGGUGGUUCUCUGUAACGGCCGGACGGAUCAUGACGAGAGGGGGGGAUUGUGUGUACCUCCAAGUUGAUUUGUGAUUUUUCAUCGACUGGUGUCAUAUUGGCUUAGAUAAUAAUAAUAAUAAUAAUAAUAAUAAUAAUAAUAAUAAUAUAAUAAUAAUCCGAUUCCCUGCUAUAGUCUGUAUAUAGAUUAUAGUAGCUGAGAUGGUUUCACUGUAUAAACCUGUUGGCAGGGUUUAGCUCCUCCCCUCCUCCCCCCUCCACAUUGUCAUAGCAACGGCCUGUUGCAUAAUCUGCCACACUGGCUGCAAUAUCUAAGACCUUGUACUCCGUUUCCAUGGAAACACUGUCCUCUCUCUCUCUCUCUGUCUCUCCUCUCUCUCUCUCUCUCUCUGUCUCUGUCUCUCUCUGUCUCUGUCUGUCUGUGGUAUUUCACCCAAUAGAUAUGAGAGUUCUAAUUAUUUGUGGGUCUGUGUAAUCUGAGGGAAAUAUGUGUCUCUAAUAUGGUCAUACAUUUGGCAGGAGGUUAGGAAGUGCAGCUCAGUUUCCUCCUCAUUUUGUGGGCAGUGUGCACAUAGCCUGUCUUCUCUUGAGAGCCAGGUCUGCCUACGGUGGCCUUUCUCAAUAGCAAGGCUAUGCUCACUGAGUCUGUACAUAGUCAAAGAUUUCCUUAAGUUUGGGGUAGUCACAGUGGUCAGAUAUUCUGCCACUGUGUACUCUCUGUUUAGGGCCAAAUAGCAUUCUAGUUUGCUCUGUUUUUUUGUUAAUUCUUUCCAAUGUGUCAAGUAAUUCUCUUUUUGUUUUCUCAUGAUUUGGUUGGGUGCAAUUGUGUUGCUGUCCUGGGGCUCUGUGGGGUCUGUUUGUGUUUGUGAACAGAGCCCCAGGACCAGCUUACUUAGGGGACUCUUCUCCAGGUUCAUCUCUCUGUAGGUGAUGGCUUUGUUAUGGAAGGUUUGGGAAUCGCUUCCUUUUAAGUGGUUAUAGAAUUUAACGGCUCUUUUCUGGAUUUUGAUAAUUAGAGGGUAUUGGCCUAAUUCUGCUCUGCAUGCAUUAUUUGGUGUUUUACGUUGUACACUGAGGAUAUUUUUGCAAAAUUCUGCAUGCAGAGUCUCAAUUUGGUGUUUGUCCCAUUUUUUUGUGAAUUCUUGGUUGGCUGCUCUCUCUCUCAUCAGCUCUGACUCUAACCCUCUCUCUCUCUCUCUCUCCCCAGCUCUGACUCUAACCCUCUCUCUCUCUGUCCCCAGCUCUGACUCUAAACCAUCCUCUCUCGUCUCUCCCCAUCUCUGACUCUAACCCUCUCUCUCUCCCCCGCUCUGACUCUAACCCUCUCUCCUCUCCCCAGCUCUGACUCUAACCCUCUCUCUCUCUGUCCCCAGCUCUGACUCUAACCCUCUCUCUCUCUCCCCAGCUCUGGACUCUAACCCUCUCUUCUCUCUCCCCAGCUCUGACUCUAACACCCUCUCUCUCUCUUCCCCCAGCUCUGACUCUAACCUCUCUCCUCUCUCCUCCUCCCACAGCUCUGACUCUAACCCUCUCGCUCUCCCCCAGCUCUGACUCUAACCCUCUCUCUCUCUCCCCAGCCUCUGACUCUAACCCCUCCUCUCUCUCUCUCUCCCCAGCUCUGACUCUAACCCUCUCUCUCUCUGUCCCCAGCUCUGACUCUAACCCUCUCUCUCUCUCCAGCUCUGACUCUAACCCCUCCUCUCUCUGUCCCCAGCUCUGACUCUAACCCCUCUCUCUCCUCUCUCUCUCUCUCCCCAGCUCGACUCUAACCCUCUCUCUCUCUUCCCCAGCUCUGACUCUAACCUCUCCUUCCUCUCUCCUCCCAGCUCUGACUCUAACCCUCUUCUCUCUCUCCCCAGCUCUGACUCUAACCCUCUCCUCUCUCUCCCCAGCUCUGACUCUAACCCUCUCUCUCUCUCCCCCAGCUCUGACUCUAACCCUCUCUCUCUCCCCCAGCUCUGACUCUAACCCUCUCUCUCUCUGUCCCCAGCUCUGACUCUAACCCUCCUCUCCUCUCUCCCCAGCUCUGACUCUAACCCCUCUCUCUCUCUCCCCAGCUCUGACUCUAAACCCUCUCUCUCUCUCUCUCCCCACUCUGCACUCUACCUAACCCUCUCUCUCUCCCCAGCUCUGACUCUAACCCUCUCUCCUCUCUCCCAGCUCUGACUCUAACCCUCUCUCUCUCCCCAGCUCUGACUCUAACCCUCUCUCUCUCUCCCCAGCUCUGACUCUAACCCUCUCUCUCUCUCUCCCCAGCUCUGACUCUAACCCUCUCUCUCUCUCUCUCCCAGCUCUGCUCUGAUCUAACCCUCUCUCUCUCCCCAGCUCUGACUCUAACCCCUCUCUCUCUCUCUCCCCAGCUCUGACUCUAACCCUCUCUCUCUCUCCCCAGCUCUGACUCUAACCUCCUCUCUCUCUCCAGCUCUGACUCUAACCCUCUCUCUAUCCCCAGCUCUGACUCUAACCUCCUCUCUCUCUUCCCCAGCUCUGACUCUAAACCCUCUCUCUCUCUCCCCAGCUCUGACUCUAACCCUCUCUCUCUCCUCCCCAGCUCUGACUCUAACCCUCUCUCUCCUCUCUCUCUCCCCCAGCUCUGACUCUACCUACCUCUCUCUCUCUCUCCCCAGCUCUGACUCUAACCCCUCUCCUCUCUCCCCAGCUCUGACUCUAACCUCCUCGCCUCUCUCCCCAGGCUCUGAACUCGAACCUCCUCUCUCUCGCUCCUCCCCAGCUCUGACUCUAAACCCUCUCUCUCUGUCCCCAGCUCAAAGAGUGACUCUAACCUCUCUCUCUCCCCAGCUUCUGCUGAACUCUAACCUCCUCUCUCUCUUCGUCCCCAGCUCUGACUCUUAACCUCCUCUCUCUCUCUCCCAGCUCUGACUCUAACCUACCUCUCUCUCUCUCCCCAGCUCUGACUCUAACCCUCUCUCUCUCUCUCCUCCCCAGCUGCUGACUCUAAAAACCUCUCUCUCUCCCCAGCUCUGACUCUAAAACCCUCUCUCUCUUCUCCCCAGCUCUGACUCUAACCUCCUCUCUCUCUCUCCCCGGCUCUGACUCUAAAACCCCUCUCUCUCUCUCCCACUCUGACUCUAACCCUCCUCUCUCUCCUCCUCUCCCCCAGCUCUGACUCUAACCUCCUCUCUCUCUCUCCCCAGCUCUGACUCUAACCUCCCUCUCUCUCUCUCUCCCCAGCUCUGACUCUAACCUCCUCUCUCUCUCUCUCCCCCCAGCUCUGACUCUAACCUCCUCUCUCUCUCUCCCCAGCUCUGACUCUAACCCUCUCUCUCUCUCUCCCCAGCUCUGACUCUAACCCUCUCUCUCUCCCCAGCUCUGACUCUAACCCUCCUCUCUCUCUCUCCCCCAGCUCUGACUCUAACCCCCUCUCUCUCUCUCCCCAGCUCUGACUCUAACCUCCUCUCUCUCUCUCCCCAGCUCUGACUCUAACCCUCUCUCUCUCUCUCUCUCUCCCCAGCUCUGACUCUAACCUCCUCUCUCUCUCUCUCCCCAGCUCUGACUCUAACCUCCUCUCUCUCUCUCCCCAGCUCUGACUCUAACCCCCUCUCUCUCCCCAGCUCUGACUCUAACCCUCUCCUCUCUCCCCAGCUCGACUCUAACCCCUCUCUCUCCCCAGCUCUGACUCUAACCUCUCUCUCUCUCUCCCAGCUCUGACAUAACUACCCUCUCUCUCCCCAGCCUGAUUAACCCCUCUCUCCCCAGCUCUGACUCUAACCUCUCUCUCUGUCCAGCUCUGACUCUAACCUCUCUCUCUCUCCCCAGCUCUGCAUAUUGCCGUGACAACAAGGUCCGGCGCCCUGGGAUUAAGAGAAGAUCAGUCCGUUUGAGCACCAGACGUACUGCCAGAGGACUCUGAGAGAGAUUAAGAUCCUGCUGCGCUUUAAACAUGAGAACAUCAUCAGCAUCAACGACAUCAUCCGUAUGCCCUCCAUUGACCAGAUGAAGGACGUGUAUCCUUUACAGCGCUGCAGGAAAGUUGUCCUGAUGUUAUUUGUACCGCAUGUUCAUCAGAAUAGUCUUAACUUUGUCAGGGUCCCACACUGUACAUUCUGUCAGACGUUAGUCACACUUUCAUUACGCAUCGUCUGGAUUUAUCUUGUGGUUGUUGUGGUUCUCUCCCCCAUGCCACCAACACAGCAGCAGUGCAGUCUGAUUAACACCCCCAGUCUAGUAUGUUCCUUAACCCUCUGUUAUCCAGCUACAUAGUGCAGGACUUGAUGGAAACAGACCUGUACAAGCUCCUGAAGACGCAGCACCUGAGCAAUGAUCACAUCUGUUACUUCCUGUACCAGAUCCUGAGAGGCCUGAAGUACAUCCACUCAGCUAACGUUCUGCACCGCGACCUCAAGCCCUCCAACAUGCUGCUCAAUACCACCUGUGAUCUAAAGGUACAGAACCUGACGUAA